CCUACAAAUAGAUCAUCAAAACAAACCGGCUUAAUUACCGGCAUAUGUUUGUGAAGGAAAAGUUAAAUUAUAAUGCUAACUUUUGAGAUAUUUUUUAAUUUCAAUGUGUCAAUCAGUGUUUAAAGUAAUAUUUUGCGAAACUUCAUAAGCAUCGACUCAGUAUGUUUGGAACAAGAAGGCUCGCAAAGCGGUCGAUUGUGGGCACCCAGGUCGCUGCGAAAUUGCAAGAUGGCCGAUAUUAUCCCGGUGUUAUUGAAGGAAUAAUGCACGAAGAAACUAUGUUUACAGACGCUAUAUACACUGUUAAGUUGGAAGACAAUGCACAAAAGAAUGUGAGUGUAAACAAUAUAAUCGGUCAUGGAUUUCAACCAAACAGCUCUGCAGUGCUUAAAUGUGAUCAAAAAGUAUUUCUGACUUUGAACGGAAGAGAGGUCACCGGUCUUGUUGUAGACCACAAUCUUGAUGACGAUGAAGUGUUGAUCAAAGCUCAACUAAGUAGCGGAGAAUAUGUUGAUGUCACUAAGAGGAUAGAGGAAGUUAGACUUAUGAAAAGUAGAAAGUCAGCCCGAUUGGCAGAGGUCGAUACAGACUAUUCAAAGCUAGCUGAUCUCCAGUUGUCCGAGGCCAGAAAAAGGCCGGUAUCAUCUGGAAUUGAUGUGCCGAACAAACAAAUAGACAUACAUGUACGCGACGAUCAAGACAACAACAACAUGACUGUUGACGAGGACGAUGCGAUGUUGGAGAUGAUGGACGAGAAUAUUGCCGCCAUGGUUCUGACGAGUCUAAGCUGUAGCCCGCAAUCACCACAAUACCAUGCAGAUUUUACCAAAAAUGGCCUACUAUCCUCAAGUGCUUCCAGUAGUGGUUUCUAUAGCAACCAAUCAGAGAGGAGUGACCCUUCACCUCCAUCACAUAGCCACCUGAGCGAGAGUGCCCCUGUUGAUUCCGGGCUGGUAUUCAGCUCAUUUCAUCAUGAUGAGGGUAUUGAACUUAGAGAGGGGAGAUCAGAGGGGGAUAUUCAAAAGACCGUUACAAAGAGGACAAUGUACCAAUGUACUUGGCCAGGCUGUAAUAAAGUAAGCUCAACAACAUCAGCCAUCGAGAAACACAUAAGAGAUCUCCAUCUUGGACCUGAUGUUGAUAGUGACACAGACUCCUGUGGGGAGGAAGAAUUUUACUAUACAGAGAUAGAAGUGAAUGUUGAAAAUGUCACUCAGGGAUUUUCAGACAUGUCAAACAUCUCUCCGUCAACUGCUAAAGCCGAGCCAACCAAUUCUAUAAUACCAGACCAUGACUACCAGAAAAAGGAAUUUCGCCAUGGUUUUGCCUCCAGUGUGCCUUCUACAAGUACGUUCCAUGGUCAACCAAGGGCAGUGCCAAUACCAAUCAAAGUCAACGAAAUUCAGAGAUCUCUUUCUUGGCAAAAUACUCAUUCAUAUGCAACAAGCCCUUCGCCACCAAUCAGGAUUUCGAACAAGCCGUCACCGCAGGAACGAUUGCAACAACAUCAGGCACAAUCUCCGAAAAUCCACAUGAUCUCCACGUCCAAAACCCUCAGCAUUCACAAGAAACCAAGAAGUGAAGUACGCAAGUGCCGAAAAGUUUACGGCAUGGAAAAUCGCGAUAUGUGGUGUACACAGUGUAAAUGGAAAAAAGCGUGUACACGAUUUCUGGAGUAAAUUUAUGUAAAAACACUAUGUAAGAGCCGGUGUAUAUGGUAUCUCAAGUUAAUUUUGCGUGAACAAUGUAAAUGUAUGCAAGAUUUGAGAGUAAAUUUGAGCAAGAAUGAAAACAUACAUAAGCAUGCUUUCAGAAGGAAAUUAUGUAAAAUUGUGUACACAGUCGCUUGAGUAAAUUUAAAACGGUUAGGUGCUUUGACCUUGAUUUUGUAAGGAAAUUGUGGGCAUUGUAAGUGACUAUGUACAAAAUUUUUAGCAAAAUACAGUUAGACCAUUUGCAUGAUUUUUCAAGUACAUUGUUGCCACUUUAAUAAUAAAGGGGUGACAAUUGCACACAAUGUCUCAAAUACCAGUAAAUUUAUCAAAACAUGAAAUUAUUUUAAAUAAUUUUUCAUCAAGUAUUAUUCUCUAUUUUUUCCCACUAAAUUGUAAAUUAAUGAAUAUAAAGCUAUUGAAAGAUGAUGAAGAAUUGUAAUUGUUAGGAAGAUUUGUAACAUAACAAGUAAAUACAGUCAAACCUGUGUUAAGAAACCAUCUCUGAAUAAAGUUCACCCUGUAAAAAAAACCAAGGCCAAUUUUUCGACAAUCAUUCAUUCAUUUAUUUAUAAGAACAUAGCAACCUCUGUAUAAAGACCACUUGUUUAUAAAGGCCAUGUAUGGUCUCUCCUUUGGAUGGCCUUUAUUCACAGCUUUGACUGUAAGAAUUUCCUGAUCAGGAUAUGUGUAAAGGACUUUAGUGUGUUUAAUAACAGUGUGCUAGAAAUUAUAUAGGGUAUUGCAUAUUAAAUUAGACGUUAUCCGGGGUUUUCCCAGCUAAUCUGUAGGUACAAACUAACUUCCCAUCACAAUAGAUUUGUCAAUCUGUUUCGCCUAUUUUCGAAGCUGUAACUGUAAAAGUUUGUUUGUACCUACGUUAUUAGCUAGGAAAAACCCAAAAUAUUCUUAAUUCCGGAGUUAGUCUAUUGUAAAAUGAAAUCUGAAUUGAUGUAAUAGUGUACAUUGAUUGAUACAUGUAGUAAUUACUCACCUUUUUUGUUAUCACGAAUAACCGUUUAAUGCUAACAUCAACAUUGGGUAAAAGGGGUAUCAAGUUAUUUAAUUGGCAUGUAAGUAUUUCAGUAAUUCAGUAUAAUACAUUUGCCAUCAAAAACAUUUUGAAACACUGCUCAAGGAUUAUACCAUGAAAAUCAUUAUGACAUGUAACACAAGUCACUAUUGUCACUUAUAGGAAGGGGCACAUCAAUUUUUAGUUUAUUCCGUAAGGAAAAUAUCUUAAUUUUUAUCAUGUUCAUUGGCAAUGUCUUUAUUAUUCCCCAGUGUGUUGCCAGAUUUGUAAUGCUAUUGACAAUUAUUACUUGCGUAUGUCAUCAGUGUGUGACCAGAUAUUCUUUCACGUUUGUUAGACUCAUUAUUGUAAGCUGGGUAAUUUUUGCAGUUUGAUAGUAAUAUAUCCUAUUGAAGUCAAUACUGUCUUAAUUUGAAGAAAUAUUUCUAUUAUAACAUGAUGAAGAAUGGUCCGAAUGUGUGAGUUAGAAUAUUGCCACAAUAGAGAUGAUAAAAACAGAUCUGAUCCUUGAACCCACAACCUCCCAAUUAUUUUUAGAACUGUCCUUCAAUUCAGGUGAUAUCUAGAUUUAAUUUUGAAGUUGGUCAGGCAAAAUUUAUAACCUGGUCAAAAUGCACAAAUGGACAGUCUGGCUAUCCCGUGGCUCGAUACUGGUAGGAAAGGUUUUUUUUUGGUUUCGAGCCUGGUCUGACUAUGCAGAUGUCUCAGCUGCCUGGUCCGUGACCCUAGAUAUAUACUGGUGGCAAAAGCUGUUUACAGUUUGAUUUCAGAAGGGUAAUGGUUUAAAUUAUAUACUGUUAAAUGCCAUCAUGGUAUUAAUUUGUAUUGU